UCAAGAUGGUCCUACAUUGCUUGGUACUUAUGAAUUAGUUGUGAUAGCUAAGAAAUACUAACCGUAUUCGAAGUCUUUUGUUCGCCAAGGUUGCUGGCUUACUUUGCAUCUGGAUUACUAGAAAUUGCUUCACACAACGUCCAACUCAAACAUGCGUCACAAUUAAAAAGGAUAAUAUCAGAAUUGACACAAUUGUAUAAAAAUAGAUACAGAAAUUUUAAAAAUUGUUGAUUUUGACUUUACGACCUUAUGUCUCUAAAGACGAAGGUUAAUUGCCGGCAUACUCAUUGAGACUAGAGAUCUAUCAUUCCAUAAGAGAAACAAUCAAAAAAUUUAGGGAAGAAAACUAUUCAUGGAAUCUUAAUCAAAAUAAUCGAUUAUGAAUCUAACCUUUGAUAAAGUAGAUCGAUUGACUUAACAAAUAGAGUGACCAAAGUUAAUAAACAUCUGUUCAUUGGAACAAAGAUAUAUGAGUUGUUGACGAAGUGAUCAAGUACUGUAAUGAAGCAUUCCGUGGACAAAGCAGAGCUUAUAGUGAGUCUUGACAGGUCUUCAUGAUUAAACCGGGACCGUGCUAUAUCUAUCCGACAGAAAGCUCUUCGUAUGACCCCUUCAGUUGAUUUUAAAAACCAUCAUAACACAGAAUCUAGAACAACAAAUCAAGAUAAAUAAUUUCAACCUAAACCUCCAAAAUCAUACCUGUUUGCAAAAUCUGUUGUAGUUCUCAAUUGAUCUAACCAUCUUUCCUCUUUUGAGAGAGAAAUUCAACCCCCUGAGAUGGAACUUAUCGCCAGAAAGCGGACGGCACCGACAUAGAGAUCUACAAGAACGGAAACCAAGAAGUCGUACAAAGAAAACUGUUUCUGUUUCUUUUCCCGGAAAAAAAAAAAUUUGGGCUUCGAUUAAUAUUUUAAGCCCACUAAAUUGAAGUCAAAAAUAAAUUGCCUAUUUCAAUUCAUCUAAAUGGGCUUUGUAUAUAUAAUUUUGCACCCGAAUACUUUUUGUGAAUUUUUUUGGGUAUGAUUUUCCAUAAUUUGUAAUUUUUGCUGAAAUUUUUGUUUAAAAAAAAUUAAAUCAAAUGUCAUUUUUAAAAUAAUUUAUCACACAAAUUUUAUAGUAUAAUUUAAUAAAACACACUCAAUCUAAACAAAAUACUCUAAUAUUUUAGAUUUAAUUGUUUAAUGUAAUAUUUAAGUUUGGACUAAACAUCUAAAUUGUUUAAUUUACUCUAAGAUCAAAAUUAAUCAAGUUAAUUUUUUAAUUUACAAAGUAAAAGUUAAAAAGGUACAAAUGAAAAAGAAUGCAACUAAAAUUUAAAAAUUCGACACUUAGCAAAAUGACCAAGAUACACAAUAUAUCAUAACUCAAUAACCUAUGAAACAUUAACCUACAAGUCUACAACUAACAAAAAUAUUAAAUUCUACAAAAUAUACAUCCGCGCAGGCGCGCGGGUCAAAAGCUAGUUAGUCUUUAUAUACUUCGAUACUUUCUCAAUCGAACAAGCAAACAGUCUCAAGAUACAUUACUCUUUUUUAUAUCCGUCUGUUCACUUCUGAUUUUAUCUUCUGAUUCUGGUUCUUCGUGAGACACCCAUCACUUAAUUAACUCUCCACAUUUUAUAAGGUUUUGUCACGUUCCUUUCUUUUGUCUUUUGUUUUUGAUUAUUGAGUGUUUCUAAUUCAUUUGGUUAGUUUUAAAGAUGUUUUUUGUGUGUGUUUUGUCUCCUCCUCAUAUAUGGACAGAAUCAGUGGGUUGUCUGAUGAAUUACUUAUUAAGAUAAUAUUGUUUGUUCCUACAAAAGUUGCUGUAUCCACUAGCAUCUUGUCGAAACGGUGGGAGUAUCUUUGGAUGUGGUUGCCUAAACUCGAGUACGGUCAUAGAGAUUGUUCAGAGUCUGAAUGCGAGAAGCUACGGUGUUUCCUUGACAGAAAUCUGCCAUUACAUAGAGCUCCGGAUAUCGAAAGCUUCCGUCUUGAAUUGUGUAAUUCACGUUUUAAACCGGAGAAUAUCAGCAUGUGGGUUGUAGUAGCUCUUUCUCACUGCCUACGUGAGCUGGAUAUAUCAUAUGAGUCUUAUCCGGAGAAGCCAGACAUAUUGCCGAGUAACUUGUAUACCUGCAAAUCGCUCGUGGUCUUGAAACUGGAGGGGGAUAUCCUCUUGGAUGUUCCUCGAAUGGUCUCUCUUCCGUCUCUGAAAACUCUGAUGCUUCAGAGGGUGAGAUACCUCAAUGAUGAAACUCUUCAACGGCUUCUAUCUAAUUGUCCAAUUCUUGAAGACCUAGUGGUGAGGUUACGUGAAUAUGGUGACACCAUGCAAAAGUUGACAGUUGUUGUUCCAUCUUUGCAGAGAUUGACACUCUAUAUACCCUAUGGUCAUGAACUAUAUGAGUAUGUGAUAGACACUCCUUCUUUAAAGUAUUUCGAACUUGUGGAUUAUAUUGAUAAUGAUCACUACGGUUUGAUUGAGAACAUGCCUUACCUGAUCGAGGCAUAUGUAGAUUGUUGUUGCCCUGAUAUUUAUAGUCUUAUGGGAUCAAACACAUCUGUCAAGCGUCUUACAAUAUGUUCAGUGGCUAUUCUCGAUGGUCUUGUCUUCAAUGAACUUGAACAUCUGGAGGUAUGUCUAUGCACAGUGCUUUUCUCGAAUCAACUUGUCCAGCUGCUCAAUGCUUCUUCUAAGUUAAAGAGACUAGACAUCUCCUUAAUGGAUGUAAGUUUGUUUGUUAACCCUCUUUUUUUACUGUCUGAUGCACAACUAGUCUCACUCUAAUUUUUGUGUUUGAUAUAUCAGGGUCAUGUGCCUCGAUAUAUGGACGACUGGAACCGACCAAGUACUGUUCCUGAAUGUUUGUUGUCAAGUCUACAAAGUCUCAACUGGUUGGAGUACACAGGAGAACCACAAGAGAGAGAUAUUGUGGUUUACAUUCUGAAACAUGCUCGUCACUUAAAGACUGCAACAAUCACGUCAUUUGAAUCGGAUGUUCCAAAAUUUGAGAUGAUAAAGGAGUUGGCUCUUUCUCCUAGAGCUUCAACAACAUGCCAACUCGUGUUUGAAUGAGUCUUUUGAUCACUAAACUUUAGCGUGUUCUUCAAUUUCUUGUAUUUGCUAGGACUCGUUUCGUUUGUCUUCAACUCUGGAAACUUGUUUUCUACAAUAGGUUUUAUUUCUAUAUACUAAGAGCUAAGUUAUAUGAUC